GGCAUCCUCGUUCUUCGUUCUUCGUUCUUCGUUCCUCGUUCCUCUCCUGGUAAUCCGCUCACAAGAAAACCAUCAAGAAUCCAAACCCCUCGCCCUUCGAUCGAAACCCUAGAGGGAGCCGUAAAUGCGACAAUUCAUCGUGUUAGGGAUUCGAAGAUCUCGCCAUUGAUCCGAUUUUUGUGAGCUUGCACCGUCUCGAAUGGCGUCGCCGGAGCCCACGCCGACGCGCUACCGCGUUGGGUAUGCGCUGGCCCCGAAGAAGCAGCAGAGUUUUAUCCAGCCGUCCUUGGUCUCCCUCGCCGCCUCCCGCGGGAUCGACCUCAUCGCCAUCGAUCCAUCGGUCUCCUUGUGCUCCCAGGGCCCCGUCGACCUCAUCAUCCACAAGCUCUCUACCACCGAGUGGAAGUCCCAGCUCGAGAUGUUUGUUCUUGAAAACCCUUACACCCCCGUCAUCGACAGGCUUGACGCUAUCGAGCGCCUCCACAACCGCAUCUCCAUGCUCCAGGCCGUGUCCGACCUCCGGAUCCCUCAGAAGGACGAGACCUUUGGAAUCCCCAAGCAGAUCGUGAUCUAUGAUUCCGCUUCUCUCUCUGAUCCCGCGGUGAUCGAAACCCUAAAAUUCCCGGUGAUCGCGAAGCCGCUGAUCGCCGAUGGGAGCGCGAAGUCGCACAAAAUGUCACUCGUAUUCCACCGCGAGGGCCUUCUCAAGCUGAAACCUCCUAUUGUGCUUCAGGAAUUCGUGAACCACGGAGGCGUCAUCUUUAAGGUCUACGUCGUCGGUGAUUACGUUCAGUGCGUGAAGCGGAAGUCACUGCCGGAUGUAUCCGAGGACAUAUCAGAGCAUUCUGAGGGCUCGGUAUCUUUCUCGCAGGUGUCGAACCUCGGGGGUUCGCAGGACCAGGACUUUGAGACAACACAUUUGGAGGAGGCUGAGAUGCCGCCGAUGGACUUCAUAACUGAUAUUGCCAGGGGACUUGGAAAGGCCUUGGAGCUUCAUCUCUUUAACUUUGAUGUGAUUAGGGAUGCCAAGAUUGGGAACCAUUAUCUUGUCAUUGAUAUCAAUUACUUCCCUGGGUAUGCCAAGAUGCCAGGCUAUGAAGAGGUCUUGACAAAUUUCUUUUGGAACCUUCUUCAUGAGAAGAAAGCUGAUGAUGCAGAUAAAAAGAAAAAAAUUGUGAGCAUCAACCAUGGUGUAGUUGCAGGAGAGAAGGAGAACGUGGGCUGAUUGAUGGUGUCAAGAUCUUGACAGAGCUUUGCUUGCUGUUCUUUUUUUGGCGCCCCGUCUUCCUUUCUUUCAUUUGAUGCUAGGAAGGUAUGUUUCUUGCGCUCUUCAUCGUGGUUAGGAUGAGUGGAGCAUUCUGCAUGUGCUUUUGUGAGGAGUGGUUCUUGUGAUGCCUGCUGAAUGAAUGGGUUGGAUUGUUGGAGGUUUAAUGUCAGCAUUCUGGUCAAUGAUUUCAAAGGCUGAAAGGGUGUAUAGUCUUCCUUUUCUGCAUGAGAUAGAUAUAACCUUUGAAUUUUUCUUCUUCAUUUUGGUUAUGGAAUAGCUAGGAUUCAAGGAAGGCUUGUUGUUUAAUUUAACUCCAAAUGGCUUGUGUAGUUUCAAACUGAUGAGUUAGUCUAAUCUUCUGCCAAUUUGGCAAUUCUUAGUGCA